CAGGAUCUGUUCCCCGCCAUUGAGCACCUUCUUUCAAUAGGCAUUGCAGGUUCGUGUCCAGCAAAGAUUCUCUCAAGUGUUCUGCCUGACAUCAUCCAGCUGAUAAACAUAUUCAUACUCUCGGAGGAAACUCAACAGUGGGCUCUUGACCAGGGUUUGAUGAGAGUUCACGCAGCUGUUGACACACUGCUUAUGAGAGAUGUUUCUCUCCAGGAAGGGCUGCAAGGUUCAAAAGUCAGCAAUCCCGAUCAUGCUGGAUCAGCACGGUCCCGAAGUAUACUUGCAGGUCAUGCACAGCAACUCCUUGCAAAUGACAAACAGAUGAGGAGCCCCGAGACUGAUAAGGAGACAGCAAAAGAGUUGCGAGAUAAGUAUCUGAAGCUUAUGAAGAAAGCGGUAUUCCUCCAUGGCAAGAGUCUACAAAAACCAUCUGCCAAAUCUUGGGCAACCGGUCGCAUUGACACGCCUUUGGUUUGCUCCUGGGAGCUGUGCGACGUUGGUCCGGCCCUGAAUGCUGGCAGGCCCUUUAGCAAGUGCGCUGACUGCUCACUCGCUCUCUACUGCUGCAAAGAACAUCAGAAGCUGCACUGGAAGACCCACAAGAAGCACUGCAAGUAUGACACCAAGUCAGUCGAUAGAAGUGGCAAGAUGACCGUCGGAAGAUUCUUAACAGAGAACAUUGGGGCAUACGUGAAUAUGAUUGCCGUAUGUAGCAAAUGCGAAUAGGAACCAGGAGCUUAGUUCCAGAGUCCCUUUUCGAAGUGCCUGGCACAGAAGAUACAUUCGAGUAUUGCAAACUAUUAUUAGCUCCUUUAAAG